CAUCCUCUCCCUCUCUCCAAUCGCUCUCUUGACACAUCACUCCCCACUCGCUGCACACAGCCACGAACCCGCGCAGGAGUAAUAAGCUCUUAUAAACUGCGCUGGAUGUGUAGAGGCUAAGGGAAGAAAAUAGUGUGCGUCUGUGAAUUAACUAACAACAUUAAUGCUUCGGUCAUUACAGCAGCCAAUGUGUUGUGCGUGUGUCUAUACACAUUGACAGACACGCAGACAGACAAGACACACGGACAGACAGUGGCAGACUUACUCGCAUUCAGAUACAUAGGGACACAGCCAUACAUACAGGCAAACAGACACGCAGAGACAGACACGCACACAAACACACGGACACACAGACAGGGACACGUACAGGCAGACAGAGACAUCUGUGAGCACACCGCAUGGAUUUGCGCGUUCAAAUCCGCAAAGGACCAGGAUGUUACGACUGGUGAUGAACGGAGGAAGCGCUUCAUUGCCAUCAUCAUCAUCAUCGCCACCGUCGUCAAUCACAUCGUCACCGGCAUCGUUGUCGUCGCCGUCGAAGAGACGGGGAGGCGUGUGGAGGCUCGAGGGGUCGCGCGCCGCAGACACGUGCUCCUCGUAGGGGGGAGUGCUCUGAGGGGUGCACCGAGACAAGUGGGCGCCUCUAUGCCGGAGAGGAGCGCUGAGCGGCAGCUGUCAAUGAGAGAGGUGUCAUCACGGCGUUCCUUGCCAUGGCGGAGCGAUUACCCGAAGCUGGCGCGCCCAGGGACCAUGGCAGCCGCCUGUGCAGCCGUGGAACCUGCCCCACCACCGCCACCACCACCGCCCCUGCCACAACCAGCUCGACCGCCACCACCAGCACCGCCGGCAAGACGAGCAGCAGCGUGAACGCCGCCGCCAGCAGCAGCAGCGGCGGUGGCGUCGUGGGUAGCAGCAGCAGCAGCGUGAUCUACAUGCCGCGUUGUGUCCACCACUCGGACGUGACCUCGGACGCCGGCGAAAGUUUGCCCGCCGCUGGCCCGCUUCCCGGGGCAGGAGCGUUGCCCGGGGCGGAGAGACGGCACGACCGGGCGGCCGGUGGUGGCGGUGGUGUCGGUGGUGGCGGUGGUGUCGGUGGUGUCGGUGGUGGUGGCGGUGGUGGCGGGACGGGAGAUGUUGGGGAAGAAGGAACGGAAGACCCGGAGCUACCUUACCCCGCGCUCGCGCCCGUCGCCUUCUUCGUCAUGAAGCAGAGCACGAUGCCCAGGAGCUGGUGUCUCAGGAUGGUUUGUAAUCCGUGGUUUGAGCGGGCGAGCAUGCUCGUCAUUCUGCUCAACUGUGCCACCCUGGGCAUGUUCCAGCCCUGCGCCGAGGUGGAGUGCCACUCGCAGCGCUGCCAGGUGCUGCAGGCCUUUGAUGAUUUCAUCUUCGCGUUCUUUGCGGCGGAGAUGCUGGUGAAGAUGGUCGCCCUGGGCGUGUUCGGGAAGAAGUGCUACAUGGGCGACGCGUGGAACCGCCUCGACUUCUUCAUCGUGGCCUCUGGCAUGCUGGAGUACUCUCUCGCCAUGGAGAGCGUCAGUCUCUCCUCCAUCCGCACCGUCCGGGUACUCCGGCCACUGCGGGCAAUCAACCGGGUCCCCAGCAUGCGAAUCCUGGUGACGCUGCUGCUGGACACGCUGCCCAUGCUGGGGAACGUGCUUCUUCUCUGCUUCUUCGUGUUCUUCGUGUUCGGGAUCGUGGGAGUGCAGCUGUGGGCUGGACUUCUGCGCAAUCGAUGCUUCCAGGCUGAGAACGUGACACUCGAGCUGAACAACAGCCGCAUGUCACCGUACUUCCCGGCGGACAACGACGACGAGAGUCCUUUCAUCUGCUCGCUGCCCCGAGACAACGGCAUGCAGACGUGCGACACCGUGCCGCCCUCGGUGCUGCCCGGCGGGCCCCGCUGCCGCUGGCCACCGCCGUUAUCGCUGCGAUCGUCGUCGCCGCCGCAGUCCUCUUCGUCCUCGCUGUCGUCAUCAUCGUCGUCGUUGUCGUACGAUGCCAACAGCUCGGGGCUCUCCUUUGCCACGCUAGGGGAGGCCGUGGCGGCUGGCCACGGCUACCCUUACAGCCAGGGCGGCAACGUGAGCGGCGAGUGCAUCAACUGGAACCGGCUGUACACGGUUUGCCGGGCGGGGCUACGCAACCCGCACAGCGGUGCCAUCAACUUCGACAACAUCGGCUACGCGUGGAUCGCUAUCUUCCAGGUCAUCACGCUGGAGGGAUGGGUGGAUAUCAUGUAUUACGUGAUGGACGCCCACUCCUUCUACAACUUCAUCUACUUCAUUCUGCUCAUCAUCAUCGGCUCCUUCUUCAUGAUCAACCUGUGCCUCGUGGUCAUCGCGACGCAGUUCUCCGAGACGAAACAGCGCGAGAACCAGCUGAUGGAGGAGCAGCGCGCGCGCAUGCACGGCAGCGACAGCUCCCUCGCCAGCUUCCGCGAGCCGGGCAGCUGCUACGAGGAGCUCGUGCGCUACCUGGGGCACUUGCUGCGCAAGGUGUGGCGCCGCUCCUCGCGAGCCUUCGUCGACGCUCACGUGGCCCUGCAGCGGCGCAUCAACCCCAACGCCGCCGCCGCCGCAGCGGCCGCGGCGGCGGCGGCGGCCGCGGCCGCCGGCGGGCGUCCGCGGCGCGACCAGAACGGCAGCAAGCAGGGCACGCGCCCGAGACGCCGCCGCAAGGGGAAGAAGGGCAGCCGCAAGAGGCGCAAGUCCUGGAGGUCGGUGCACCACCACCACCUCGUGCACCAUCACCACCACCAUCACCACCACUACCACGUCAACGGGGGAGGCGGCGGUGGCGGUGGCGGGCACCGGCCGGCGCUCGCGCGGUGCAUGUGCCGUCCCCGUGGCGGCGGUGGCGGCGGCGGCGGCGGUCCCAACGAGCGCGACGUGUUGCCGGCGGACGUUCGGACGGCCGUCGUGGUGGUGUCGUCGCCGCCGGCGCCGGUGCCGCCGCUGCCACCGCCGCCGCUUUCGUCGCCGUCCGGUAACUUUGGUGCGCGACGCACGCCGGGCUUGGCGUCCGUGCACAGCGUCUACCACGCCGACUGCCACCUGCUGGCGGGACGCCCGCUGCCCUUCCGGGGUUCGCCGCUCACCUCGGAGGCCACGGCGGCGACGGCGGCGGCGGCGGCCUCCGCCGUGGUCGCGUCGGCCGUGUCCCAACGGCCCCCGCCGCCUCGGCCGCCGCACGAGAUGAACUACCCGACCAUCGUGCCGUCGGCGGUGGUGGUGGCGCCGGACAAAGGGAACAAGACGUGGAAGACGCGAGGGCCGCGCCGGGGAGAGUCGCGGGCACACAGCUCGAGCCCCACGGACGCCUUCGCCAAGCAGCACCACAUCUUCGCCGCUUACGCGGGCACGAGCGAGCUGCUGUGCCGCUGCCCGGCGUUCCCCAGCGUCCCCCUGGGCGUCCCGCAACCCGACCUCCUGCCGGCCGCGGCAGGCGAAGGGUGCGCCCUGUGCGCCGCGGGACAGGACGAGCCGUCGUCGUGCAGGCGAGGAGGAGGAGGAGGAGGCGGAGGAGGCUGCGGCGGCGGCGACUCGGUCUCGGAGGGCUCCGCCGCGUCCGGGCGCGAGUCCCCCUCCAGCGCCCGCGAUGGCUUCGGGCCCGGGGAGGCCGUCUGCUCCGUCUGCCGCUGCAGGCGGCACUGCCGUGACCGCCAAGCCGGCUCCGGCUCUGGCUCCGGCUCCUGCUCCGACUCGGGCUCCGGCGACGGCAGCGAUUGCGACGACGACGACGGAGACGACGGAGACGAUGGCGGCGACGACGACAGCGACGGAGAUGAACGCGACGACGGCGACGGGGAGGACGGGGGACGCGACGGGACGGGGAAGCGCGGGUGGCUGCGGCGCUGGAAGGAGCGGCCGUGUGUCGCCGGGAUGGCGCGCUUCUGCCACACCGUGAGCGAGCGCUUCAGCUGGAUCGUCAACAGCAAGUACUUCAACCGCGGCAUCAUGGUGGCCAUCCUCAUCAACACCGUCAGCAUGGCCAUCGAGUACCACGAGCAGCCGGAGGAGCUCACCAACAUCUUAGAGAUCAGCAACAUCGUGUUCACGAGCAUGUUUGCGCUCGAGAUGCUUCUGAAGAUCUUCGCGUGCGGCCUCUUUGGCUACAUCCGCAACCAGUACAACAUCUUCGACGGCGUCAUCGUCAUCAUCAGCGUGUGGGAGAUCGUGGGGCAGUCGGGCGGAGGGCUCUCGGUGUUGCGCACGUUCCGGCUGCUGCGCGUGCUCAAGCUGGUGCGCUUCAUGCCCGCGCUGCGCCGCCAGCUCCUGGUGCUCAUGAGAACCAUGGACAACGUGGCCACCUUCUGCAUGCUGCUCAUGCUCUUCAUCUUUAUCUUCAGCAUCCUGGGGAUGCAUCUCUUUGGAUGCAAGUUCAGCCUGAAGACCGACACGGGAGACACAAUCCCCGAUCGGAAGAACUUCGACUCCCUCCUCUGGGCAAUCGUCACCGUGUUCCAGAUCCUGACACAGGAGGACUGGAACGUGGUCCUGUACCACGGCAUGGCCUCCUCGUCUCCCUGGGCUGCGCUCUACUUCAUCGCGCUCAUGACCUUUGGAAACUACGUCCUCUUCAACCUCCUGGUGGCCAUCCUGGUGGAGGGAUUCCAGGCGGAGGGCGAUGCAAACAAGUCUGAGUCCGAUGGGGAGCAGUGCUCCCCCUAUAACCUGGAUGACGGACACGACAAGCUUAAAGAACUCCGCUCCAUUGCCGUGCUGACACCCAAUGGACUCCUGGAAGGAAAGUGCAUGUCAAUGCCACCGCUCAUCACCCACACGGCCCCCACCCCAUGGGGGUCUCCUCGCUCCCCGUCUCCCGACUCACGGAGAGGGAGCAGCUCCUCCCUGGGGCCCUGCCCCGGGGUCCCCUCCCCGCCCAGCGGGCGCAGCUCCCCGUGGGGCGGCCGUGGCAGCGUGUGCAGCAGCCGUCGCUCCAGCUGGACCAGCGUGGGCCUCGACGGGUUCCUGCCGCGUCCCGGCGGGCACGCGCUGCUGCCCGUGCGCCACGACGACAAGGCGUCGCUCUCGUCGGCCGUGCAGAGGGACAGCCUCGCGCAGUGGAGCCUGAGGAGCGUCAGCCCGCGGGGCAGCGUGUGCUCGGCGGGCACGGAGGACGGCCUCUCCCCCCGGGGCCUCCUCAUCGCCCGCCGCGCCGCCUCCUGCGACCUCCCCGAGCUACUCCAGACGCCCGCCAUGCGCUGCAACGGCUCGCCGCUCUCCCCGCUGUCGCCGCUCUCCCGCUCGCCCUCCCUGCCGAGGGGCGCUCGCUUGGCUCAGCGACACCACCAACACCACCAGCAGCAGCAGCAUCAGCAGCAGCAGCAGCAGUUCGUGUCACACGGGAGCAGCCCGCUGCCCGGCAGGGAGACGCCGAGAUUGUCACGCAAGUUCAGCGACGACGCCGAAGAGAUUUACGAUAGCCACUGCUUCAGGCUCCGACGGCGACUGGAACCCUACAAGCCCAAGUUUUGCGAAUCCCGAAAAGAAUGGUCGCUCUACCUGUUUGCUCCGCACAACAAGGUCAGAAUGCAGUGUCGCAAGAUCAUCGCACACAAGGUGUUUGACCACGUGGUGCUUCUCUUCAUCUUCCUCAACUGCAUCACCAUCGCCCUUGAAAGGCCAGACAUUGGAGCGGACAGCCCUGAACGGCUGUUCAUGACCAUUUCCAACUACAUCUUCACGGCCGUUUUUGUGACUGAGAUGAGCAUCAAGGUGAUCGCAAUGGCGCUGGUCUUUGGGGACGGCGCGUACCUACGCAGCACGUGGAACACGCUCGACGGGUUCCUGGUCCUGGUCUCGCUGGUCGACAUCAUCGUGUCGCUUGCGUCCGACAGUGGAGCGCGCAUCCUGGGCAUCCUGCGCGUGCUGCGUCUGCUGCGCACGCUGCGACCCCUCCGGGUCAUCAGCCGCGCGCCGGGACUGAAGCUGGUGGUGGAGACGCUGAUCACGUCCCUGAAGCCCAUCGGCAACAUUGUCCUCAUCUGCUGCGCGUUCUUCAUCAUCUUCGGCAUCCUGGGCGUUCAGCUGUUCAAGGGGAAGUUCUACUACUGCGAGGGCCUGGACACCAAGAACGUCACCAACAAGUCCGACUGCCUGAGGGCCAACUACAAGUGGCUGAAACACAAGUACAACUUCGACAACCUCGGGCAGGCCCUGAUGUCGCUGUUCGUUUUGUCCUCCAAGGACGGCUGGGUGAACAUCAUGUACACCGGCCUCGAUGCCGUGGGGCUCGAUCAGCAGCCCGUCAUCAACUACAACCCGUGGAUGCUGCUCUACUUCAUCUCGUUCCUGCUGCUCGUCAGCUUCUUCGUGCUCAACAUGUUCGUGGGCGUCGUGGUGGAGAACUUCCACAAGUGCCGGCAGCACCAGGAGGCCGAGGAGGCUCGACUCCGCGAGGAGAAGAGGCUCAAGAGGGCCGAGAAGAAGCGACGCAAGGCACAGAAGAAGCCCUACUACUCCGAGUACUCGCCCGUGCGCCUCUUCAUCCACUCGGUGUGCACGUCCAGCUACCUGGACAUCUUCAUCACCGUCUUCAUCGGCCUCAACGUGCUCACCAUGGCGAUGGAGCACUACAACCAGCCCAAGUCUCUGAACGAGGGCCUCAAGUACUGCAACUACGUCUUCACCUCCGUCUUCGUGCUGGAGGCCUUGCUCAAGCUGCUGGCGUUCGGGAUUAGACGCUACUUCAAGGACAGGUGGAAUCAGCUCGAUUUGGCCAUUGUCCUCCUGUCCAUCAUGGGCAUUAUCCUGGAGGAGAUUGAGAUCAGUGCCUCCCUGCCCAUCAACCCGACCAUUAUCCGCAUCAUGAGGGUCCUGCGCAUAACACGCGUGCUGAAGCUGGUGAAGAUGGCAACGGGGAUGCAGGCGCUGCUGGCAGUGGUGGUGCAGGCACUCCCCCAGGUGGGGAACUUGGGACUUCUCUUUCUCCUCCUCUUCUUCAUCUACGCGGCUCUGGGGGUGGAGCUCUUCGGAGGACUCACUUGCGAGGACUACCCGUGCGAGGGCCUCAGCCGUCACGCCACGUUCGAGAACUUCGGCAUGGCGCUGCUGACGCUGUUCCGCGUGUCCACGGGCGACAACUGGAACGGCAUCAUGAAGGACACGCUGCGCGAGUGCAGCAGCCUCGACCGGCAGUGCAUCUCGUACCUGCCCGUCAUCUCGCCCAUCUACUUCGUGACGUUCGUGCUCACGGCGCAGUUUGUGCUCGUCAACGUCGUGGUGGCCGUGCUCAUGAAGCACCUGGAGGACAGCGCCGAGGACGCGCACGAGGAAGAGGAGGAGGAGAACGCGGCGCGCAUCGCCGCCGGGAUCAUCGGCGCCUCCGGCCUGCCGAGUGCCACCGCCCGCCUCCUGGGCAUCGCGGUGCCCACCCCCAACCCCGGCGGCAACCCGGCGCUCGUGGCCGUCUCGUCGCCGUCGUUCUCCCCGGCGCACUUCCGCUGCAUCGCGUCCUCGCCUUCCUCCUCCGCGGCGGCGGCGGCGGCGUUGGCCGGGAGCAGGGGAUCGAACCCUCGCCGCUCCGGGUUGGAGCUCCGCGCCGCUCGGCCCCCCGGCCGGUUGAGCAGCGAGCUCACGUUCCGGAGGCCCAGCGUGGAGAACGUGGACGACGGCUCCCGGCUCGAGACGCUGGGGGAGCAGACACUGCUGCUGCCCGCAGUGCGGCACGUCGAGGUCAGCCGAGCCCUCUCGCUGCCCAGCGAUGCCCUCGCGAGCACGCCCGACUCGCAGCAGCAGCAGCAGGAGCUGCAGCAGCAGCAGGAGCAGCAGCAGGGAGCCUCUGAGAACAGCAGAAUGCCGGAGGUGGAACCAAAUCGGGCGGCUCAGAAAUCAGAUUCCAUGGCAGGCUGUGGCAUGGCAGCGGCAGACGUGACACCGUCAAGCUCAGCCAGUGGCCGCAAUGGGGGACCUGUGACACAGGAGGUUGAGGAGGCGACGGCUGCCGAUCGGUCUCCGAGGCACGUGGAGCUUCCGGAGCGUCGACGCAGCCGCGGCGUCUCUCCCGCAGAUGGCUCACCGCUCGCCUCGAGCUCGCCGCGAGCGUCGCCCGACGGCGCCCGCGCCUCCCCCUCGCCCGCCUCCGCCCUCCACCGGCAUCCGACACCCGAGCUGAUUCUUGACACUCACGCGGACGGGAAGACGACAACGGCGGCGGCCGGUCGACUUCCCGCCGGGGGUGGCGGCGGGGGCUUCCACGAGCGUGCCCGGGUCAUCCGCAUGCAACGGCGCCACUCGGUGGACGUUUACCCACGCGACGGGCCGACGGGCUGCUCGUCCCGCCCUCCGCCGCCAUCGCGGCCCUCGCGGUCGUCCAACGGCGGUGGCGGCAGUGGCUCGAAGGUCUGCGUCGGAAUCGGGUGGUGGAAAACGCCGUCGCCACCGUCGCCACCGUCGCCACCGACGCCACCGACGCCACCACUCAUAACUGUGGUGGCGCCGGGGGAUGCCGUGGAGACCGCGGCGCGAGGAGCCCGGGAGGCCCGGCGACGCUGCAUUUCGUACGAGUCGCUGGCGAGGAGGACGGGGACGCCGCCUGUUAGUCAUCUGCUCCAUCAUCAUCAUCAUCAGCAGCAGAAUGAGCGUUGUCCCGACGGCCAUGGGCGCGAGCGCGGACGCGCACUGCCGCCGUCGCUGCUGGCUGUGCCCGGCGAUGGCGGGGCGACGCCGCUGGCGCGAGGGCCGCGCUGCGCGGGACGCGGCUCCGUCGGGAGCCUCUCCGAGUUGCUGCUGCUGAAAGCGGCGGCGGCGGAGGAGGAGGAUCCGCUGGUGAGACCGAGGACGGCUUCGCUGGGUGUCAAGAGCGGCGCGUCCGGUGGGGCAGCCUCGGGGGCCAGGAGAAGCUUGGUGGCGGACGAUGGGGAGAAUGGCAGCGGCUGCGACGCAGUCUAGGUCUCCCUCAAGCGAAGGCAGAGGACCGGCCGACGGUGCUUGAGGGCGGAGUUGUUUUAAAUCGAGGUGCAGCCGUGAACAUUGUGUUUGGAUUUUACUCAGCGAGGGUUAAUAUGCGUAACUUAUUUGCGUCUCGGCGAGGUUCUACACUCGCGUGAUCUCCUCCCCAGCUGUUCGCCGGGGUGAACCGAGCAAACGAAAUCGGAGGAAGGAAUAGGUGUUGAUGUUUUACGGGAGAUUUUUAAACGAUGGACUUUUGUCUGCAUGUGACACGUAGCCUAAAUGUAACGAUGCACACGCGCGGAUGUCCGUCUCGUUUAGCCUUAUAGGCUGUUGGGGGCAAGCAUUGUUUGCGAGCGCCUAUUAAUGCCGGCAAGGCACAAGCGAGGAAAUGGCGGUGGCCAGCGACACGCAUGCCGGGCCACCUCUUGUCUCCUCGUUGCUCUCUUCGAUGAUGCCACUGCACCGGGUCCUCAACUUCGGCUAGCUUUAGAUAUCAGUGUUGACGCAGCUGUUGUGCAUCAUGGAAUGCCAUCAGACCCAGAUCAUUGAGAUUGUAAGGCGGUGUGCAAAACACACUCGUACAUUGUCUUUACACGUGCACACACACAAUUUCACACAUACACACGUGUAUAUACGGUGCACGCACACACAUUGCCUAUCGGGCGGCACACAGAUAGCUAAUGUGUGGCUUUUUUAAGCAAUACCUAGCACUUGUAAGUGCUUCCAAAGUCACCCCUAUCAACAAAAUAAGAGAGACUUUGUUUAAGAUGUGAAAAAAAAAUGCCGCGAUUACGAAACAACACAAACCCGUCUCAUUGGUCUAGACGCCAACGACAGCAGAGCCUGUGACGUCCCAGUGGUCGCAGGACAGGAUUACGAUUCCCAUUAAGAAAAGUAAAUAACGCUUCGAAGAGUAUUGUGCACUUUAAGUCUGCAAUGUGUCAACUCGGACCACAGCACCAAUGAGAGAAUAACUCAAGUUGUAAUCACUGGGUAAAAAAAAAAACUGUAAAUAAAGCAAUUUGUAUGCAGACGGAGGAGCGCAGAAGUUAUACAUACAAACUACAGUGGGCAUUUUCCUAAGGACGCCAAGCAAGUCAAUUAAAAAAAGACCUGUCCAAGUCGCAAACAAAUGAACUCUUUCACGGAAUUUCAACAGCGAAGGAUAACUUUUAUUUAUUCUCCCCCCCCCCCCUCCUUGUUCUUGAUGCGUCGUCGUUUGUAAACGUGCAAAAAAAUCCACCCCCGCGGCACCCUCUUGGCAGAAGAUUUGCAAAUGCUGCUUUGUGUAAUAAACCGGGGGACUGCACUUUGCGUGCCAGCGCGGAGCUCGAGAACUGAGCGGGCGCUGUGGAAGACUUUUGUCUGCAUGCUGAACCAAAAAGAAACCACUCCUCUGCACCGGAAUCCGCGUCCACCCUCCCAGCCACCCCCUUCCCAUCCUUGCAUGCGAAGUGCGUCGCAGAAUCAUCCAUCGCCCACCGUCACACCCACCCCUCCCGCACAGUGUUGGGGUUGUGAUUGUUUUUUUGUUAGGGGGGGGCGAAGUAAUCCGACUUCUCGACAGCUGAUUUGCUCGAGCUUGUGGAAGUGAUGUGACGUAAUCCCGUCUACCAUGGGCUCUUUGCGGUGCUUGAUGACUUUCACGACACGAUUCGGAACAGAAAGUCGUGGGGUGGCCUCUCCCCGCUCGAAUGAGCGUCGGGGUUGUGCUCGCCUGUGUCGGGAGUUCUGAUGCAGCGGUGGAAAUUCCACGUUUCCUAUGGCAGAGGACCAGUCUAUCCGUAUGACAACCACUGUUGACUUCGCACAAAGUUGUACCGAUUUGAUAGACCCCCCCCCCCGCGCCAUCACCUCCUCCCAGAGAGGGGACGUGAUCAUUUGAGCUCUCGCUGGGAUUUGAUUUUAAGGCGCCGUUUGCAUCACAGAAUUAACGACAUCUAUGCCACGACUGGGGUUUGCGUAUCGUGAUCACGUGUGCAUUAUUGGCUGCCGCUGUCUCUGCAAUAACCUAAGCUGCCGACCGUGGACGUUCUCCACGUCGCACGAAUAUGAUUAGACGCAAAUCAUAACAAAAAAAAGUAAUCGACCGAAGUAACGGCAGCCGAUGUGAUUACACGAAAUCCGUUACUACCCCCAACACUGACACCCUCUGCCCGUCCAUCGGUCGUGACCGUGGGUGCUGAUCGUGGGUUGCGCCGCGAGACGGUGGGGGGGGGGGGUGGUUGAGGGAGCGGUCGACGCAGUAGGCCUUAGCCCAGAAGUAAUGCAUGGACGAAUGGAAGCAUGCCACCGAUUGAGAACGUCCUCGAAGAGCCGAGCGUUGUUUUCUUGUUGUUAGCGCAGUGGGGCAAUGGGUAAACCGAACAAAGAGUGGACGGAAUUUGAUCAACGGUGGAAUCGAGCUGUGAAGAAUUGGAUUCUUGCCACUCUCUGCUUCAUACGCAUAUUGCCAAUGUACUCGUCGCAAUGUAGAAUCAGCGACCAUCUUGUUUUCCGCCAUCUGCCUGAAUUUAGCGAAAGAAGCGAGAGGGUGGCGGCGAGAUGCACAACUCCCAUAGUCGUACACCUUCGCGUGUACCGAAUGCCGCCCAGAAUCCGUACACACAGAAUGCUGCGACUAUUGAAGUGUUGGUGUCUGUUCCACCCGAAAAUGUGGGGCUGUAAGGAGCGAGGGGAGGGGCUGUAGGGGGAUAUACAGGGACUCCUCUACUUACGAACGAGUUAGGUUCCAGAGGUCUGUACGUAAGUCGAUUUGUUCCUAAGUCCAACUUUACUCCUGUCAAUUCCAAACAUGUUGUAUGGCAUGUACACUAAAUAGGGGCAAUGGAUUUUAAAGUUGUAAAAUUCCCUGUAGAUGUAGAUGCCACUGGUUCUUCAUGUUCUACAGAUGUAGGUGCCACCACCAUCUAUUGCGCGGCGGUUGGACUUACGUAUCUCGGUCCGAACAGGGCAACUGGACACACGGACCAGGUUUGUUCGUAUCUCUGCAAGUUCACAAGUCGAGUGCUCGUAAGUGAAGGAGUCCCCGUAUCAGAGAUCGGUGGGGCCACGAAUGCCGAUGAAGGCGGCGCAAACGAGGAGCCCGUUCGAAGCCCUUGCGAGGCCACGAGCAUUUCUCGUUCCAUAAACAACGGAGAGGAGGCAUUACUUUGGGGAUAACAGUGCUGCUGUUGUGCCGGGGAUGAGAGGGGAGGCACUCUGUAAAUCAACCCUACGGAGUGCAUCUGGAUGCAUUCGUUGACGCGUCGCCCGACUUGCCAAUCCAAAUGUGAAUUGUUAACAUUCUGGUAUAACAUUGGACAUUCGCAAUGCAACUCUAACAACAACAUCAACAAUGGUAAUGCUUUAUUUUAGCCACCAAGCAGUAUGCAAGGAUGCAUUUACACCUUUCGGCAAUGCAGCUGAUACCCAACUUCAAUUUCCAUUUGCUCAAAUGAGCAUUGAGCGGUGCAUACCUCUACGAGCGACCGCCUUCGUCAUUAGAGACAGACGUGGUCAAGCCAUGCAACUGGAAUUUCUACAACCGGCUCGGGAACUGCCAAGGGGGAAAACAGCACCGCCCAUGCUCCUUCGAGCGGCGAUGACGUUUGUGAUUAUUGCCGUGGUCGCGCUCAAGACAAUUGGCAAGUCCGUGGGGUUCGUGGCCUCCAAACGCUCUCAUCUCCAUUCGGGGCCCCAUCCGAUCAGUUGACUCGCCGUGCCUCCCCGCCUCCCCUUUCACUCCACGGUUUCGCCCACUCGUCCAGGGUUUUAUCUCCGCACCACUGCAUAUAAUUCUGGCAUGUUUAAACGAUAUUAACGCAACUAUAUUUAACCAUCGUUCAACCUUGAUUACAACUGAAUGCAUAAAGAGAAAGAGAGAGAGAGAAAAGUUGUCUUCCAUGAACACGAUCCGGCACUUUGAGGCUCCUGUACAUAAGGACGCGAGAGUUUUAACAAUGCCGACACGUUAUACAGGUGCAUCGCCUGAAACGUAAACGUUGAACGAGAAGAAUGUUAAAAGGUUUGGCGAUUAUAUGGCAAAAUAAAAUCUAGCACGCGGUAUAUGGGCUUAUACAGAAAAAAGUAUGUGCGAUUUAUUUAUGAUAUUUUAAUGCAAACUGAAUUAACUUAUCAAACCAAACUUUUAUAGAUUAUUUCGUGUCCCUGUUUAUGAUCUGCGCGCGCGCGCGUGCGUGUGUGUGUGUGUGCGUCAUAUGCGUGCUUUGUUUUGGUCAUCCGAAAUGAAGGUUACAUUUGACGGUAUUGCGUUUCACGGCUCCGUACUAAUGCAGAUGUCCACACCGUAUUAUUGUUUGAACGCGGGGCCACUUUUUAAGUCUGCUGGCUUGGCACCUGACCCUGUUUUAUUUUGCUCAGAAAUGGUUGAGCCAAUUUUUUUGCCCUGCACCAUUUUUUUGUCAAGAUCCCGAUCGCAUCGCUGUCACUUCUUGUCGUGGCUAUUGCUUGUGCCUGUCCCCUCCAUCCCUCCCCAGAAUAUAUCACCUCCAAAGCGCCUUCAUUCAAGGCGUUUAACAGAGUUAAGAUAAAAACCGUGACUAUAUAGAUUUAGAUACUACCAGGGUUGAGGGAUGAAGGAUCGCGAUUUAGGGUACAUGGGGAUCACAAAAGGGUAUGGGAGGGAUGGGAAGGAGUGGAGGGACGAGGGGAGGGAAGAGGAAGAGAAUGGCCAAUAGAGAAGAGGUGAGGCUUGAAGAGAGGGGCGCCGUACCUUUCUUCAUUAUUGACAACUUGCAGCUCAGCACACGGCAGAUGCCUGCGUAGCGCGACUCACGACCUCCUCUUGAUACCAAGAUCCAGGAUGGUCAUCGUGUCUAUGCGCCGCUUCUCGGUGGCAGCCCCAAUAUCCUGGAACGAUAUCCCUCUGCACAUUCGCAGCAUCACCUCAAUCGCCUCCUUCAAGAGAGACUUAAAAACUCACCUCUAUAACCACGUGCUUUCGAGCGACUCUGAGCUUGGCUCCGCGCCUCUGAGUUGUGGCCACUACGUCUGCAAAUUUGCGCGCGUUACAAAUUGAACUAUUAUUAUUAAGGAGGUUAAGGAGGGGGCGGGGGACUUAUUAAUCUACAGGGGAAGAUUGUUUCGUUAGAGGGGUGCAAGGAGGGAAAAGGGUAGAAGACCGGAUUGGGCACAGGGAGACGGAGGGACCGAGAGAGAGAAGACUGAACGAAGAGGACGAGCGGAGACAUAGGAGAUAAGUGAGGCGAGACGAGGUGGUACAAGGCGAUAGAGAGAAUGUAGAGAAUAUCGCCUCAUUCCUGCCUGUAGAGUGACACCACUAUCAGUCAUUUCCACUUGGUCUGAGUCCAAUCCGGAAUCAGUCUCCAAGUCGUCUUUACUACCACACCACCCCCUCGCCCCCUCGUCUUAAAAUCUCUCACUCCUAUUUCGUCUCGCUUCACUCUGCUGCUCUCCCCAAGGCCUCUGCUCAGCGAGCACACCUCCAGGCAACUCUUCCACUGCCCCCACAGUCUGGAACUUCGUUACACAUGGGCAUCCACAAUGUUCACACCGCCCCCCCACACCGCCUUUACACCUCUGUCUAUGGUUGUCUCUUUGCAUGACGUGCCUUCAUGUUUAUGUUCUCAUGUUACUGUCCCCUCUCCGCCUUGUUGUUGUUGCUUACUACUCUAAAAAGCCCUCGUAAAAAGAUGGAUUUCUCCUCUCCCCCGGUCUACUCAAUGUCCAUGGGGUCACUGGGCUUCUUUCUUCGACAUCCUGAGGUGGUGUGGUUGUGUUUAGAAGCCCCCUGUUACGGGACAAUACGAAUCAACAACAACAACAACAACCAGGUGCAUUUUUUUUUAUAAAUUGUUAAUUUCCAUUGUUCUUGUAUCAGUUUACAGAAGCGGUUGAAUUAUGUUGUUUCUGUAAAUAAAUAAAGCUGCCAAUUACCCCUGGGAAAAAUCCCAACGUUCCAGUUGCAGAACAAAGUGCCACGACAUAUUUUUGGUUUUCAAAUCUCCCCUCUGGGCGCUGGGCUCCCCCGUCGGCUCACGUGGAGAUGCCCUCACAAUGUGGUUGGCAGGGUCGUCCAUACGGGGUGGGGAGGGUGCAGGGCCAGGGGCAAAUCCCACACCGUGUGGAUCCCAUUACAUCCGAUAACCGCGACGUCGAAACGGGCGCGCCCCCCAAAUGGCGGGGCCCCGGGCGGUCGCUCCAAUUCACGCGUACCCAAGGAACGGCUCUGGUGGUCCCGGGGUCACUCGAGCGGGAGGGGAGGACUCCAGUGAACGCCGCCAUGCCACUGGAGGGCGCUAGAGCGGCAUCGUUCCGUCCGCGCGAGAAGACGCCGCGGCAGUGAUUUUCAAUUCUGACUUGCUCACGAACGAAAAUUCUUAAGUUGGUGUUGGGAGGCUUCGGACACACGCGUAGAUACGUUUCCCGCACCCAGUAAGCAUGCCAACGUUGGGACAACGUUGGACCAACGUUGCUGCUGGCGGAUCUCCUGUUGGGGCGUUGAAAAAAUGGUGCAACCUUGGCCCAAUGCUGUUCUUACGUUCGUGAUUCCUGGGCAGUUCUUGUGGGUUUUUUUGGUUGUGUCUUUCUUUAACCAACUGUCAAAUGAUACUCCACCACGUAGGGUUUUUUUUUAUUUGUUCCAAACCAACAUCAUCAUCAUCAAACGCCACAUUAAAUGGGGUGGAGGAGAAAAAACCUACGUUUUUAUUUGCUUGCUUUAUCGUUGUCGUUGGUGACUCAUCUAAGGACCAUCGACCCGGCUACCCUCGAGGACUUGCUUUAAUCACGGGCUGCUGGGACCCAGACUCCAGCAGAAGCCGGGAUGCCCGCGGUGCCACACAAAUUGUGUCCAGGAAUCCAACCCAUGACUUCAGUGAUGCUGGCUCAUUGUACACUGGCACAGCCAUUCACGUGUCAGUGAGCCAGCCACGUCACGUCAGCCCACUAAUAAUAUUCCCACCCCCACCACCACCACAAUAUGUUUUAAAUUGAAAUUCUGCUGUGGUGUUAUGGUCAGCACACGGGUACUUGCAAGGCAAGAUAUCAUCGAUUCGAUUUGAUCUCCUGUUGGGGCGUUGAAACAAUGGUGCAAUUUUAUUUUUUUUUGCUUUAAAACCCCUCUCCUCUGUCCACUCAACAGUGUGUUUCGGCACACCACAGUCGAUUGACAUGUCACGUGUAGUUGGGGGGAGGGGGGGUGGGACGCGCACACUCCCACCUACUCUUGAGGCUUCUGUCGAAAUGCCCUCUGGAGGCGCUCUCUACAGCUGCCUCCAGUGGAGCCCCCCCGUCCGCCAGCAGCAGCGUGAGCAAGCAAUUUCAAGGGCUGUACCUUUAUCUUUUAUAAAGCAUCCCCCCCCUGACCCAUUCCCAUAUUCGACAAAUGAGCACGGCGGAUCCGGCUCAUGUGGUUGUACUGAGAGUGCUGUGCGGUGUUGCAACCUUGCACGGACUCGCGAGGAGAAAUCUCGUUUUGUGAAGCCGGCCCGCGUUCGUUGUCGCGUUCACAUCUCGUUGGUUCAGUCUCAGCAUGGUUCGACAAGGAAUUCACCGAUGGGGCUGCAUCAAGUGCACCUCACUUUGCCCGCUAGUGUCAGUGUUGCUGCACCCGUGAUGUUCUCAGUGCCAGCAAAGUGCAAUAAAUGACCCGGCGUUGUGCGUGUUUAUGCCACUGUUAUCGCAACACUUAACGAAAGAAAAAAUAUAACCGUAGUCUUUGUUAUUCCUGGUAAUCGAUCGUUGGUUUACUGUGGAGUUUAUUUUUGUAAUCACAUUUAUGGGUUUAUGUUCAUCCGUGUGUGCCACGUUUAAAGAUACAAAAAGAAAAACUAUUGGUAUGCAGUGUCAAGAUUUUGUACGCUAAGCUUUGUAAGCGUAUGUGACUCAAGAAAGUUCUAGGCAGUUUUUAAGAAUAAAUAAAAUUCACCCCUAUACGA